AUGUGGCGGGAUCGCACCAACCUCUACAUAUCCUACCGACAGUCCUUCGCACAUCACCCCUCUAAGAAGCCACGAUUCCUCGGCCCUUCCAAUGGCUUUGAGACCUCCGCGCAGCCGGAGGAAAGCCGUCGCCUGAUCUCCGGAGAUGGCUUUGACGAUGACGGCGACAUGGUGAUUGAGAUGGACUUGCUUCCGCCGCGCUGGGUUGAUGUCCAAGAAGAAGUCGCCGAGCACCUGGCGGAUAUUGCGCAAAAGUCUUCCCAGCUGGAUAAGCUACACCACAAGCACCUGCUUCCCGGGUUCGGCGAUGAGGAUGUCCGGAGACAGGACGAGGGCGUGAUUGAGCGGCUUACGCAAGAGAUUACUCGCAGCUUCCAUGACUGCCAGAAGGCCAUCAAGCGGAUCGAGACCAUGGUGCGCGACUCGAAGGAGCAGGGCGGAGUGAGCAGCGGCGAGGAGACGAUGGCAAAGAAUAUCCAGAUUUCCCUGGCCGCGAGAGUCCAGGAGGCAAGUGCUCAGUUCCGAAAGAAGCAGAGCACGUACUUAAGGAAACUACGAGACUUGGAAGGCUUCUCAACGCCGUUUGACCGCGCACCUACCCCAGUCCAGAACCCGUAUACAGAUCCCUCCUUGAUGGAAUCCGACGCGGACAGGUCAUUCUCGCAGACCAUGUUGCAGCAGACGUCCCAACGGAAAACAGGCCAGAACGACGCCGCUAUUGCGCAACGCGAGCGCGAAAUCAACGACAUCGCAAAGGGGAUCAUCGAGCUGUCAGACAUAUUCCGUGAACUACAAUCAAUGAUCAUCGACCAAGGAACCAUGCUAGACCGCAUUGACUACAACGUGGAAAGAAUGGGCACCGAGGUCAAAGCCGCCGACAAGGAACUCAAAGUGGCGACAAACUACCAGCGACGGACCACCAAGCGCAAAAUAAUGAUCCUACUAGCACUGGUGGUUAUUGGACUAAUUAUUGUGUUGGUCGUGAAACCUAAACGGUCUAGUGCUCCACCGGCUCCUGAAGAGGAGUCCUCGAGUAAUAUUCGGUCUCUAUUGGCAUCGGUGGACAGGGAGAGGAGACACAGCUUGUCUAGCCGGUUUGCGGGGGACCGGUGGAUGGAUCCGGAUAUACUUCGAUGA